CCCCCAAGAUUUCUUAUGUGUUACAGCAACAAAAACAUCCUACCACAACCAGCUAAAAAUAGUACACAAACAUUGGCUUUGCUAUUUUGGUCCUAUUUUUCAAGUAUGGGUAAGUUUAAGGCUUUGUCCCUUCUUGUUUUGCUUGUUUUUUCAAGCCUUGUUGUGAUGUCUGAAAGUAGGGUGGCAAGGAUGGAUUUAGGGUUGGAUUUGGGUGGGGUAGGAGUUGGUGUUGGUCUUGGGAUUGGGUUGGGGUUAGGUGGUGGAAGUGGUUCGGGUGCCGGUGCAGGAGCUGGCUCAGGUUCGGGAUCAAGUUCAAGCUCGAGUUCUAGUUCUAGCUCAUCCUCGUCUGGAGGAGGAGAUGGUGGUUCAGAGGCAGGUUCAUCUGCUGGAUCAAGAGCCGGUUCUGGAUCUAGAAAUCGAGGUGGGUCCGGUGGUAGUGGAUACGGAGGUGGAUACGGCGGAGGGUAUGGUGGAGGAAAUGGUGGCAACUAAAUUCAUGCAUGCAUGUCAAUUUUUCACUAGUAAAAGAAUUCACCACUUCAAAUUAUGAGAAAGUAAUAAAUAUUAUGGUGUAGUCUUUAAUUACGCAUAUACCUUGUACUACGUGUUUGAUCAUUGUCAUUUGGGUUUUAAGGUUUAAAUGAAAGUUUGGUUUAUGUUU